AGAUCGCCGUCGGUCGCUUCUCGGAACUUCUCGGAUCUCUGUGCUGUGUUCAGUCUCGUGCACUGUCCUCUCUCUCUUUCUCUCUCGCGCGCUCUCUCUCUCUUCAUGCUGUCUAUCUCCUGCUACCUGUACCCCUCAGCUCGGAGUCUCUCAGUUCCAGUGGCGCAGUCACAGCGCACAGUGCACGGAGCCCAAGUGUCCAACACCGAAUCCGACCGUAUUCAGUCCUCCGCGAGGCAGCGAGAAGCCCAGCCCUGGAUUCAAUACUUUUAAUCAAUGGACAGAGCCCUCUCAACGGCCAACCGAGGUACCGACACGCCAUAAGCAGUCCUUAUCCUCUGGCUGGUAUUCCCCCUGUAGUGUGGAGGGGGAUGGAGCGUGGCGGAGGAGAGAGCCCUCGUUUACGGGAGAGCCCUGAGCGACGUGGGAGCAGCAGUCCUGAUAUCGGCGGCCCCCCACCAAAGAUGGGCCGUCUGGAGCUCAACGGCAGUCCCACAGGUCACCGCAGUCGCCACAAUGGGGCCCCACAGAGACCUCUCAGCGGUCUGAUGAUUCCAGUCUUCUGCGUGGUGGAGCAAGUGGAUGGAGGGAUGAUAUCAGAUGGAGAGAGCCGGGAGGAACAUGCCGAGUUCGUGCUGGUCAGGAAAGACAUCCUCUUCACUCAGCUGGUUGAGACUGCACUUCUCGCCCUUGGAUACUCCCACAGUUCUGCAGCCCAGGCACAUGGCAUCAUUAAGGUGGGCCGCUGGAACCCCCUGCCGAUCCAUUACCUGACAGAUGCUCCAGAGGCAACGGUUGCUGAUAUGUUGCUGGACGUUUACCACAUGGUCACGUUACGCAUCCAGCUACAGAGCUUUGCUAAACUGGAGGACCUUCCAUCAGAGCAGUGGAAUCACGCUACAGUACGCAACGCCCUCAAAGAACUGCUCAAAGAGAUGAACCAGAGCACACUGGCCAAAGAAUGUCCACUCUCCCAGAGUAUGAUCUCCUCAAUAGUUAAUAGCUCCUACUAUGCUAACGUCUCAACUGCCAAGUGCCAAGAGUUUGGUCGUUGGUACAAGAAGUACAAAAAAAUUAAAGGGGAUUAUUUGUGGCAAGGGCGGGAGAGCUCGGAAAUCAAGGUUGAAAGGGACAGUCUCACUGACUUCUGUGUAUUAGCCCAGCGUCCGCCCCCUCACCUCAGUCUGGCGCAGCUCGGUCCAUUGAACAGUGGUGGCUCUCUGGUGAAAGGCGGCUCUGGAGAACCUCAGAAUUCAGCCCAGUCUCAGACUCCAUCUCAAGGGCAGCCGCAAGCUCCAUCAUCUCACGGACAGCUCCAUCACAGUCCUCCACUACGGGCUCAGGUGCCUCCUCCACCUCCGCCAGCCGCCCUGCAACCUCUUUUGGCACCCGGAGGACUCCUCUCACCACAGCUCAGUCCACAGCUGGUGAGGCAGCAGUUAGCCAUGGCUCAUCUUAUCAACCAGCAGCUGGCCGUCAGCCGCCUCCUGCAUCAGCACCCGCAGGCUCUUAACCAGCAGUUUCUCAAUCACCCACCCAUUCCACGGCCUAGCAAGUCCGGUGGUCCUGGAGAGCCCGGGUCCAACCCCUCGGCUGCAGAAGUCUCCUCUGAUAUCUACCAGCUGGUGCGAGAUGAGCUAAAAAGAGCCAGUGUCUCACAGGCAGUGUUCGCUCGAGUUGCCUUCAACCGUACACAGGGCCUGUUAUCGGAGAUCUUGCGAAAAGAGGAGGACCCACGCUCAGCCUCUCAGUCCCUGCUAGUGAACCUCAAAGCAAUGCAGAACUUCCUGAACUUACCUGAGAGUGAGAGGGACCGAAUUUACCAGGAAGAGCGAGAGCGCAGCAUGAACCCCCCUGUGAGUCUGCCCCCGAGCACAAACUCCAGCCCUGGUGGCGUCCGCCUUUCUCAGAAAGUGUGGGAGCGCAGCAUCGAUGAACAGUUAACCCCUGACGCGUGGGCAUCUAUUUGGAAGAAUAAGACCAAAAUCACAAACUCGUCCAAAACUUCUGGUCCUAACCCUGAUCUUCCUCUGAAACUGGAGCCGCUGGUUAACAUCACCUCAGCCAUUUAUGACGAAAUCCAGCAGGAGAUGAAACGGGCAAAAGUUUCUCAGGCACUUUUCGCCAAGGUGGCAGCCAACAAGAGCCAAGGAUGGCUGUGUGAGCUGCUUCGCUGGAAAGAGAGUCCCAGCCCGGAGAACAGGACUCUCUGGGAGAACCUGUGUACUAUCCGGAGGUUUCUGAGUCUUCCGCAGGCGGACAGGGAUCUGGUGUAUGAGGAAGAGUCCCGCCAUCACCACAGUGAACGGCUGCACACUGUACUUCACUUGCCCACUGACCCUCAGGCACUUCACAGACAGCCCAUGCAGCCACUGAAGGACCACUCUCCCAUCCGAGAAGAACCUGUUCCCAGUUCUGGAGCUGAAGAGAACCACCAGGCUAACGCAGGUUCAGGCAACAGCGGAGGGGUUAGCAAUGUCACAAAAAAACCUCGCUCCCGCACCAAGAUCUCUCUGGAGGCUCUAGGUAUCUUACAGAGCUUCAUCCAAGAUGUGGGCCUUUACCCUGACCAGGAAGCAAUCCACACCCUUUCAGCCCAAUUAGAUCUGCCCAAACACACCAUUGUCAAGUUCUUCCAGAACCAACGUUAUCACGUGAAGCAUCAUGGUCGACUGAAAGAGCUCGGAUCUGAGGGCGGCGGGGUAGACGUAUCCGAAUAUCGCGAUGAGGAGCUGCUGUCCAGUUCGGAGGAUGCAGAAUCCAGUGAAGAUGGCCACGAGGAGAUCUACAGUGGGCAUGAAAGCACACCAGCUGGAGCAGCCAACUCAGUCUCAACUCCAGCUGUUUCUUCAGGCCUGGAUGAGAAUAAAGACAAAGGCCUGCCUCUGGGAUCAGCCAGACCCAGCUCCCUGCCCCCAUGUGGUUCAUCCCCAAGUCCCCGAGAUCAAGCAGAAUAUCAGAGAUAAAACAGUCUCAACAAAGACUAUACUGUAGGUGGGGAAAGGCAAGGAGUGAGCACUUACAACUAUUCUGUAGUGGAGGAGAGACAGCUUAGAAACUUACUGACAAAGACACAGUGUCCUCUGAGGACCUGUAAAAGGCAAACCAAACCAGACAAGAUCUGCAUUUUGAUUAAGGUGAAAUGUAAAGUUCUGGUGUAGAAAGAUGAGUUGUGAUCUACUCCUGGCCUCAUACCUCACAAGUUACUUACAGGGAUGGCAUGGUACAGAAGCAAUCCCUAUGGUGUGCUACAAGGAAAGAAUUUGGUUGGCUGGGAAGUAUUCGUUUUCUAGAUGUAAAUCAUCAAUUAAGGCAAGAUAGCUGCCUCAACCCCAACAUGUCACAAGCAUUCAAACUUGCAUGCUAAGAAUGUCAAGAAGGCCAGUCUUUCACCGAGUGUUUCAUUUCUAAUCUGAGAGCAGGGGGUCUCUUGCAAAAUACCACUAUCCAUGCCCCCUCUUUAUCUCUACAGGGUUAAAAUGGCAGGGACAGUGCUUUAGAUGAGCCAAUGAUCUCCUAUAGGACACCAACAACUUCACUCCUGUCCGAUCAGGGAGCCUAGUGGGCGGCUGUGGCUGUCCUCAUCUUCCCCUCCAUGAUGGGGCAUUCUGGCGGUCGCCAACUGAGGGCCGUGCUUGACUGCUAAAGCGGUCGGUUGGGUUGGAGGUACAGAUGAGAUCUUGGGUGUACACAUCAGCCCAGCCCAGGAACCCUACUAUAAACACAUGUGGUGUGCUGAAAGGUCCACAGUUAGCCCAGUGGCGCUUUUGAAGACCACGCCAUCCUUCCCACAACCAGCCACAAGCGUCAUUCCAAGCAGUCCCACACGGUUCAAGAAAUCACUCCUUUACCCCCACCACCCAUGCACACCCAAUACAGACUGUGCACAAAAUCCCAAUCCGUCGCUCCUGUCCAGUGGUUGAAGGUUUGCUUUAUACAGAUAUGUUUAGACCGUAGGUUUCAUUCCAGUUUUGCUCUCUCUACACUUAAAAGACAGUGAGAAUAAAACAUAAUUGGCGGGAGGACUGACUGCUAUGGACAGAAGGACACUGGUGAGGGUGCAGUCUAACUGCAUCUGCCUCUGGCCUAGUGGAGAAAAGCGAAGCAUUUCCAGCAGCUGCGCUUGCGUGGAAGUGCGGUAGUUCUUCUCUCUUCUGUCACCUCCCACAGCUUUCUCUUUUACUGACUGAUGCCCACAAUGUCCUGAUUUGACCACACUUACCCACACCCUACUCCACAGCACUAUUUAUUGCUAUCUUCACCCUCAAUUAUUAUUGUUGUUAUUGUUAUUAUUGUUAUUAUGGUUGUUCUUGCUGUUAUUUUUAGUUCUAUUUCAUGGUCUAAUAUCAGCUUUUGGCUUGCAGCAGAUGUUUUGGUAAUGAGAGACGUUGUGAAAGAAAAAAACACUGCCAAAACAGAGAGGAACGAAUUGGAAGCAGUUACUGAAGUUAUUGAGUGAAUCAUGUGAUAUGUACUGCCAGUUCUAUCAGCAUUAUGUACUUUUCCAAAGAGAACAGCACUUGGCAGAUGAGGUGUUGAAUAUUAAAACAAUAGAAAUAAGAGGAAUCAUUGGAAUUUAUAUGAUCUUUUUGUGCAUACGAUGACAAUCCUUCUUUUGAGCCAAUCAGAACUCAGCAAGCAUGAACUCUGCAUUCUGAUUGAAACUUUGAUCAGCGUAACUUGAGGCAACAUGGCCACCUGUUGCAAAUCAUCCAUGACACCGUGGCAACACUUGGAUCCAGGGUUCUGAUUUGUUUUUGAGAAUCAGCUGCUACUUGCUCUUUCACAGAUAAUAGACAAAAUAUUGUUGUUAACCUUAUGCUAACCCUUAAACUAUUUUUGUUUCAAACGAGUGAUAAUUGUGGUCUAUGUCCAUGUUUUGUCCACUACAAAUGGAAAUGUUUUAUUUAGAAUCUUUAAUGUGCAAAAUGCUGAUGUGGUUUUUGCAAUUCCUUUUAGCAUCCUGACUCUUUCACAUUGGCACAGUGUCCACACCUGCACAUGCCUAUGACUAAUGCAUUCCAGCAGAACAGUAGUUAAAAAUGGGGAUACACAUAUUUUUCUCAGAAGGUAUAGAAGAUGGCAUUCCAAUCACAAGGUAUACAACCUUGAGAAGUUGUUCUCUAGUACAUUGAUCAUUUGUACCUGGUUAUGAUUUCACUGUGGCCAUGCUGCAUUUCUCACAAAUAUUCAAAUUAAGACCAGACUCUGGCUCUCUAAUAAGAUGUGCAGGUGGCAAAAGAGCCUGGUGUGCUUCAUACGUAGUAACUGUUUACACUUAGACAGCCUUAGACUAUGAUGUGCUUCUCUGCCGUUCGCCUCUCUAGAGAGAUUGAAUUCUUCUAACCAUUUUCUGUCCAAUUCACCCAUCUGCAUCAUUGCCUCAUUUCAAUUUCACUCUUGCUGUUUGCUUGAUUGCUCCCUGGUCUGCAUUUACCCAAAUCUGAACUUUAUGAUCAAUCAUAGGCGAUUUGAUGACUUGAUGUAUCUCCCUGUCUUUCAUCGUUGCUCCCCUAAAAAUCUUAAAUUACUGUAAACAACCUAAAAAUCUGUGAUUUAUGUGAUUUUUCUUCAUGAUCACUGAGAACAAUCUACAGUCUUUUAGGUUAUUUCACCCUCUUACUACUCAUUUAAAACCUUUAAGGUUAGUUACAUUUACGUAUCAUCUUUAAAUGUUAGAAGUUGCUUAACAUAUGUUGCAUUUGAUAAUGGAAAGAGCUACUGAAUGAUAAGAUUCGCCAUCUCCACUAUGAAUUCUUGAAUACCUGCAGGUUUUGCAAAAUGUCUUUAAUAACAUGGUAGUGAUUGCCUGCUUGAUCUACACCUUACUUAAGCCUGUCAAUCAUCUGCCACUUUUGGAGGCCUGCACCGCCCCUUUCGUUACACUCUGAGCAUCCCCUCCAAAUCUCGCCACCCCGCAGAGUCUAGAUCAGCUGGAGACAAGCACUUCUGAUGAGUCCAUCCCUAUACACCUCCCAAAUUACCCUCAUAAAUGAUGAAAGCAUGUGCACGCAUGUGUCUGUGUGUCCUAGACUGGUGUUUAAGCUACCAUGGGGGUGGCUUACUACUCAGUGGGAGCGAACAACCACGCACUUCUUCUCCUCCAUCACCUCCUCCUCUCCGUCUUUGUCAGAGUUAGUGGCGAGUGACGCUGAGGAGAAACAAAGAAGAUUCCAAGAGUCCCUGAUGAGCACUAGGUCAAGGUCACUGCCCAAUUACCCAUGUCUUUCAUUUUCAUUCUGUCUUUUCAGUUCUCUCUACCAUCCUCUCUGUUCCCUCAUUUUCUCGUUCACCAGGCAGGAAAGUAAUCGUUGUCUCCCAUGCUGUGGUGUCGAGGUUAAGUGGAGGUGAUCAUGUCUCCUUGUGGAGAGGCUAGUUCCUUGAGAGGCAGCAGACUCCUGGAGAGGCAUGUCUGAGAAGUGUUGCGGUUAAGACAAAGGCUUGGUUUGACUCAUUUGUUUGGUAUCUGGUCGUCUACAAAGCCACUAUCACAUUAGGCUGAUUUCAGAGAUUUGAAUGGAAAAACUGAAGGCCUCCAAGGCCACUUUCUUGUAUUUACACACACUGUUUAGACAAUUCGAUUGGGACGAUCUGAACUUUGACUCGUCAAGUGUUUAUAAUUUAUCGCUUUGAUAUGAAAUUUUCAGGUACACAAGAAUGUCCCAAACGAAACAAAAAAAGGAUCAUAAUCAUUUUCAAUAGCCCAUAAAUUUCUGAGGAAAGAUGUUCUUGCUCGUCUUGCUGAUGCUUUUGUUUUUCAUACAGUGCCUCUGAACUAAGCACAAUGCUCCAGUUCUUUGCUUUGGAGAUGACAAAAUUAGACGAUCUCAUAAUUUUCAUCAGUUUUCAUCGUUUUUGUACUCAUAAACGCCUACAAUGUGAAUCAGGAUUGCCACUCCUGAAUUGGUACUUUCCUUGUCAAUCGAAUGCAUUGUCAUUAUCACUAAGUGAUAAUUAACUUAUGUGCAUCAUUUGGCUUCUUUGUUUGUAUGACAAUGUUUUGUUUUUUUGAUUUUGUUUUUCAAAUGCUGUUGUUUAAAUAAAGUGCAUUCAAGGAAAUGGAACUAUUGCGUGUGGGUUUGUUCUACCUGCAGACUGUUGACUAAACUGGGUGGUCCGCAAGUCAAAUCGCUUUAUCCUUAGUCCACAUUACGGUCACAGAAGUUAAAAGAAAGUGGUGACUAAUGCACAAUGCUAUGUUGUAUUGAGCAGAGGGAUUAGAAGUGGAGACAAAUGAGUGGAAAGAAACAAAAUACAGUUUCACUUGUACAUUAAAGUAAUCAAACAAACCAUAAUAGGAAAAAAUGUUACUGGAAAUGACAAUGUAGCAUUUCGUGCUUAUCCAUUUAGGAGAAUUUGAAUAAAUAAAUCACUUGAUACUGCAAUCUGGUGAGUAAUGAAAAAUAUUCGAGCAUAUUGCUUCAAUGUCUAUCUGAAGUGUCUCUAUAAAUCAGACUUGCAUAAGUAAAUUCCUUAGAAUCGGACAUUAUUCAAAAUAUCCAUUUUGUCCCAACUGAAAACAGACCUGACUUUCAUUUCAACACAAUAAACAAGAACUACACUGAGGAAAAGUUUCCUGCAUCAAUAAUUCCACGCCUUAUUGCAUUUUACAACCUGAUUGCUGCAGGCUUCUUUGCAUUCAUUCCAUUGUGUGCUCUCUUGGGCUUAUUGUGGGUUAUGAAAUGCACAUUUGCAUACAAGUGAUAAACUUCCACUGGCGUUAACUCUGCUGAAUUGCCUCAGCAUAUAUGACAAUUUUUGUUAUCAUUUAUUAUUCUGUGCAAAGAUAAGAAUUGCUUUAAUUAUGUGAAACCCCAUCAGUCCCUUGACCACACGUAGCCCUCAGUACUAAAGCCACCGCCGAACUCAGAGUCCUCUCUCUGGCCACCUGCCAGGCUUCCCUCCUUUCCAUGGUUCCCCUUCUCUCUAGAACAGCUUGCAGUGGUGUCCUCUGGUUUUCAUUCCACACCAGCCCUCCAAUCUCCUAAAUUGAACUUAUUAUUCGCUCAAUUGGCUUGCUUUAACCCUUUCUCCCCCUCCAGGUCCGGGCCUGUAUGUCAUUAGCCAGAGGAUUUUUCGGUCGCAGCGAGAGCGUCAGGAGCUGGAGGGGUGUAGCUAUAAACCCGUGGUCCCUGGCAGGAUUUGCAGUUGCAUCCGCUGGAAGAGAGUCAGCGCUCAUUCUAUGAGUGCAGUGGAGCCAGACCACCCAGAGAGGGAUGUGUGGCCCAGUUUGUUUUCUGGCUGAUGAGUUUAAGUCCCAGCUGAUAGCUUUGACGACCUGGAUCUCUCUCUCUCUCUUUCUCUGCUCAUUCAUUCUCUGUAUCUUCCUCUCUGACGUCAACUAAAAUCUGUACGAAACAUUUUAAUGGCUGUCUGUGUUCGCUCUUUAUCACAUAUCAAUAGGACAGGGUUCUAUAACUGUGUGGAUAUCAUCCAAUGCCAAAUGAUAAGAAUGUAAAGUGCAGCUUUGGAGGUGUCAGAUAAGUCAUAUAAGAAAAUGUGCAAAAAUGAACCCAAGCACCUGCUCUUUGAGAAUGUUUGCUUGAACAUUGGAGUCCUCAAAUACCACAUCCCUCAGUCAAAAGAAUGCUACACAUAUUAGAGACUUGGGGGGGGGGCAUUAUGGGAAUCAAGCCCUAAAUAUAUCACAUCAUGUGCAUCCUCACAUUUACAGACUCUCUUAACAAUUUAAUAAAUUUAUUAUUAUUAUUAUU